AUGGAGGAUAAUGCGGCCGUCCGAGUGUGGUCUGAGAGAACGCAACAGGAGAAAGGAGAUAGUUUGACCAAGGGAUAUGAAUCGGAAUUGUGGGAUUUCACUCGCAUCAGUGUGGCUCAGAAUGACCUGCAAGAGUUAAGGGAUAUAUGGAAUAGUUGGAAUGGCGAAUUCAAACAACUCUUUUACUAUAACUACGGUGACCUACCCUAUUUGCUCGAUGUAAAGGUGGACAAGUACUUGUUCCGGGCCCUCAUGCAAUUUUGGAACCCCGCUUACAGUUGCUUCAUUUUCGGAGGAGUUGAUUUAGUACCUACGGUGGAGGAAUACAUGACGUUACUUAAUUGCCCGAAGAUUCAGGCCGAUAGGGCCUAUUCAAGACCUGUUAAUGUCCCUUCCUUUUUGAAGAAAUUGAUUAAUAUCACGAGGAUGAGCGAGCAAUGGGUUGCGGCCCACAUCAAGCAAAAAGGGGAUAGUAAAUGUAUUCCUUGGAGGAAUUUGAGGGAUUUUAUUCUUGUGCACCCGGAUUCGAAGAAAAGGGUUGAUGUUUUUGCCUUAAGUCUCUACGGUUUGAUCGUCUUUCCUAAAGCACUUGGACACUUAGAUAAAGCCAUCUCAGAUUUAUUCGAUCGACUUGAUAAAGGUACCACACCCGUCCCGGCAAUCCUAGCAGAAACUUUUCGAUCCUUGAAUACAUGCAGGAGAGCGGGCGAGGGAAGAUUUAUUGGUUGCGCACAGCUUCUUUUGGCUUGGUUCCACAGUCAUUUUUGGAAGGUGGAGAAGGUCUCCUAUCGGGUAUUCUUUAAGGAUUAUUCCCCAUUAAGAGAAUUAGUGGCCACAUUGAGGCGGGAUGACAUCUCCGAAGAGAGGUGCGGUGAUUUUGACUGGGUCCCUCUGGCUGGAAUAUGGGGAGCCAUUGGAUACGCUCCACUGAUGAUGUUAAGGCAGUAUCGAUCAAGGCAGUUUAUACCGGUGACACAAGGGUUGGCACAAUGUGAGUUCCCCUAUAAAGACAACAAUUAUAAAAAGAGGGUGCGCGAGAUAUUAGAUGCAUGGAACCAAACUUGA